UGGCUCUGUCCCCAUUUUUUCAACUAAAUGGAAAUAUUAACCAGCCCCUACACCAAACAUGCUCUGCACUUCACCCCUUGUUCCUUACCCCUUCCAGCCUCCAGUAGUCCAGUGCAAGCCCCAUCCGUACACCUCUUGAAACUCACACACAUCAGUUCCUUCUCUGAAUUUGCUCUCUUGUACACUCUUCACUGAUUCUGCUUCCACCCAUUUUGGCCGAAUAAGCCAAAGAUUCAAGCUUUUCUCUAGCCAUGAGCCAUAAAGCUCAAAUCUUGAUUCUUCUCUUUUUGUUGUAUGAGAUAUUUCACUCUGCCCCUCUGUGUUCUUCAUAUCCUACGCCCCUUAAUUGCACCGACUCAGGGCGCCUAUGCAGCUCCUUCUUGGCCUUCAAGCCUGGUAAGGAUGAGACCUUGCCUGUGAUCCAGAGCAUGUUUGAUGUUUUGCCUCAUGAUAUCACUGUGGAGGGUAAUGACAGAGGAUAUGUGUUCAUCAGGAAGAACUGCUCUUGUGCCUCGGUUACUAACAAGUACUUGACAAACACCACUUUCACGGUUAGAAAGAACAAUGGAUCUGUGUAUGAUUUGGUGAUUGAUGCGUAUGGUGGGCUGGCCUAUUUUCCGGCUAAUUUCACUAGGGAGGCCAAGAAAGGGGCAGUGGUUUCUCUGAAGCUUAUGUGUGGAUGCUCAAGUGGGCUGUGGAAUUACUUGAUGAGCUAUGUGAUGGAAGACGGGGAUUCUGUGGAGUCUCUAGCUAGUAGGUUUGGGGUUAGCAUGGACAGCAUUGAGACUCUCAAUGAAAUUGUAAAUCCUGAUAAUGUCACUGUGGGUGCAUUAUACUACAUACCAUUGAACUCAGUUCCUGGAGAAUCAUAUCCCCUGAAAAAUGACAGUCUUCUUGCUCCUGUUCCAGCACCAUUUGAUGUUAGUAUCAUGGGAAUCCAGAAGGAUCAUAAGCAUCAUGUUCCAUUUUGGUGGAUAAUUGGAGGUUUAGCUAUUGGCUUUGCACUUGUUGUCAUAAUCAUUCUGUCUCUGGUUUCCUUGAGAUCAUCCAACUGUUGUCAUAAUCAUUCUGAAUCUGAUCAGAAAAACUCUCACGAGUUUCGUAUUCUCGGACACACAAGUUUUUGCUGUCCCUCAAGAGGGUACUUCUGUUGUAGAUUGCGGGGCUGGGAAGAGCCUAUCAGGGAACCUAGUAACCUACAAAUGAACAACAUUCCAAAAGUUAUAGGGACUGAUAUCUUUGAUAUGGAUAAACCACUGGUUUUUACAUAUGAAGAAAUUCUCUCCGCUACUGAUAGAUUCUCAGAUGCUAACUUUCUUGGAGAUGGAACAUAUGGUUCUGUUUACUAUGGCCUCCUUCGUGAUCAGGAGGUUUCAAUCAAAAGAAUGACUGCCACUAAAACUAGAGAGUUUAUGGCGGAGAUGAAAGUUCUGUGCAAAGUGCAUCAUACUAAUUUGGUAGAAUUGAUUGGUUAUGCCACCAGUAAGGAUGAGCUCUUCCUUAUAUAUGAAUAUGCCCAGAAAGGCUCUCUUAGAAGCCACUUGCAUGAUCCUCAGAAUAAAGGUCAUACAUCGCUUUCCUGGAUCAUGAGGGUUCAGAUUGCACUGGAUGCUGCCAGAGGUUUGGAGUACAUUCACGAGCACACGAAACCUCACUAUGUGCAUCGUGAUAUAAAGACUAGUAACAUCCUGCUUGAUGGAUCCUUUAGAGCAAAGAUUUCAGAUUUUGGUUUGUCAAAACUUGUGGGGAUAACGAAUGACGGAGAAGCUUCAGUCACAAGAGUAGUUGGAACAUUUGGUUAUGUUGCCCCAGAAUACUUGAGGGAUGGCCGAGCAACCACUAAGAGUGAUGUCUAUGCGUUUGGUAUUGUUCUUUUUGAGAUAAUUUCAGGGAAAGAGGCUGUCACUCCCACCGAGGGCACCGCUAUUGCAAAUGCCGAAAGGCGCUCAUUGGUAUCGAUUAUGCUAGCAGCUCUGAGAAAUUCCCCAGACUCCAUGAGUAUGUCUUCCUUGAAGGACUGUGCUGAUCCUAACUUGAUGAACUUGUACCCACAUGAUUGUCUUUACAAGCUAGCUACACUAGCAAGGCAAUGUGUGGAUGAGGACCCAAUUCUAAGACCAGACAUGAAGCAAGUUGUGAUAUCACUUUCGCACAUCCUCUUAUCCUCGGUGGAGUGGGAAGCAACGCUUGCUGGGAACAGUCAAGUUUUCAGCGGUCUUGUUCAGGGAAGAUAAGACUUGAGUGCUGCAAUACAGUUUGUCUUCGUUUUACUCACUUUAAUGUAUAGUGUUGCAGCAUCCAUGAUGGUUGCUCCUUUAUGUGCCAAUCUUGCCAUUGUUCUUUGCCACUAUUAUGAUCUUCAUUUGUUGGAGCAGUGCAUUCUUUGAUUUCGUUUGCUGUAUACGUCAAAGUUUCAGAGUUAGUGGUCCGUGAGCACUUCUUUUCCGCAGGAGACCUAAUUCACUUGUUAUUUUUUGAAAAAUGAACUUUUUUUAUUCUUGAAAUGAGUCGAACAAUUAAAAAUUUGUAUAUGAGUUGACAAUUUCUCGGGAUGGUUGUUUAGUUGGAAUGGAAUGUAAUUUGAAUGACUGAAUGCUAUUACUCCAAAGCUAUUCUGCCUCAUUUUGGGGUAUUACUCAGAAUUGAAUCACAUUUCAUGUUUUACACAAUGUCAGGGUGAACUAUUAUUCUUAUAUAUGCAGCCAAAAUUGCUUCCCUUUUCAAUA